AUGGCAAAGCAUGACCCGAACGAGCCCCCUCCUCCUUACUACUCUGUUGCUGUGCACACCCAGCCACCCCACAUUGCCUAUGAGGAGGUGGUGUGUGGCGUGGGUCCAGGCCUGACACCCCCCACCCAUCCACACUACAUCCCCCGGUAUCCAUCACCUGUGGUUGUUCCCCAAGUCACACAUUCAAGCAUUUGUGAGUGUUUUCCGCAGCUCCCAUAUUCCCCCAGCAGACAGAGGAGGAGAUGCUUUGAGAGUAAGGCCCAGUGUUAUGGAGGGUCAGGGGGAGUGAUACUGGUGAUCACUCUGCUGGCACUGGCCAUCUGGCUUGGAGUUCGCUAUAGCACCCGGUUGGCAACAGUAACGGUCGAUGACGACGAUGAUGACGAUGAUCACAGAUAUGAAAUUCUGUCUUUGCCAAAGUUUGACACCUGCCCCAACAAUACUGUCCAAUGUGAUGGGAUAAGAGACUGCCAACUGGGCACUGACGAAACAAAUUGUGUGAGGUUUGGUGAGGAUGGCGUUCUGCAAGUUAAGUCAUCUCAAGAUGGUCGCUUCCUACCAGUGUGCUACAAGGGCUGGGACGACAGCUACGCCAACCAAACCUGUGCUCAGCUAGGAUUCAGAAAGUCCUAUGUCACCAAACCCAUUAAAUCCCAAGAGUCCACUGGUUUAACAUUGACUAGAAGAUCGUCUUUGCCUAUCCAGGGUCUGGUAAAAGUCAAUUCUUCCUGUACAGGCCAGGAGACUGUCUUCCUGCAGUGUACGGACUGCGGUCGUCAGCAGUCUUUAGCCCGGAUUGUUGGGGGCAGCACAGCAAAGACAGGUCAGUGGCCAUGGCAGUUGUCGCUCCACUUCAGAGGAUACCACGUCUGUGGAGGAGUUCUGAUCUCUCCUGAUUUUGUGCUGACUGCUGCCCACUGCUUCCCAAGAAGCAACUCCUUAAUUCUCUUGGUGGACAACUGGAAAGUGUAUGGUGGAGUGGUGUCUCUGGACAGACUACCUCAGCCCUACCUGGUUAAGAAUAUCCUACUGAACGAGAACUAUGACAGCAAAACUAAUGACCAAGACAUAGCUCUGCUCCAACUUACGUCACCAGUUCUUUUCAAUGAUAAAGUUCAGCCAGCUUGUCUGCCAGCUUUUGACCAGCAAUUUUCCCAAGGAGCCAAAUGCUGCACCACAGGUUUUGGCACCACUGAGGCAGGAUCAGGCACUGUCUCCAGAGAUCUGAUGGAAGUGACUGUGGACAUCAUUAGUACACAAGUGUGUAACAACCCCAGUGUGUAUGGAGGCGCCGUGAACAAGAACAUGCUCUGUGCUGGGGACCUGAAAGGGGGAAAAGACUCCUGUCAGGGUGACAGUGGUGGACCUCUGGUGUGUCAGGGAGAGAACCGUUGGUACCUGGCGGGGCUCACCAGCUGGGGAGCCGGCUGUGGUGAAAGAAACAAGCCUGGCGUUUACACCAAAGUCACCAGUGUGCUGCCCUGGAUAUACAGCAAAAUGCAGCAAAUGAGGCUGUGAUGUCCCUUUGUCUCCUGCCAGCGACCUACUUUCCCUUUUACCCAAUGAACUAUGAAGUCGUCUCAGAGAGAUGGAUGGAUUUACACGUAGAAGAAUGAAUUGAUGAAGAGAUACUGAUGGAAAGACAGACUGAUGAAAGGUUGCACACUGGUUUUGGGGAGUAGUAGCAUGAAGAACUCAGGACUUCUGUCUUGGUGUUGGUGUUGCUCCAUAGAAAUUCAUCAUCUGUCAUGUGACUGUA